AAAAUACGGGCACCAUUUACGUAAGAUAAGAUAGUGCCGUGUGCAAUUACAACAACGGGAAACCGGGAAGAGGCAAGAAGCACGCUGGUGGAAGUUGAGACUGAGAGUUGAAUUGAGUGACGUCAGUAGAGAACCUUGUAGUAAGAACCUAGGACCUAAGAAUGGGGGAUAGAGCAUGUUACAAUUGCAAUCAAUCGGGCCACAUGGCUCGUGAGUGUCCGGAAGGAGAUAGGCGUGGAGGUGGUGGUGGCGGUGGCAGGAGAGGUGGUGGUGGUGGUGGUGGAGGCGGCGGUAGUGUCUGCUACAACUGCAACGGCACUGGUCACUUUGCCCGGGAGUGCCCCAACAAAAGUGGAGAUGGUGGUGGUGGUGGCGGCGGUGGACGUCGUGGUGGUGGUGGUGGUAUGGAAUGCUACAACUGUGGUGAACAAGGGCACAUUUCUAGGGAGUGUCCUAGCGGCCGUAGUGGUGGUGGUGGUGGCCGUGGCGGCGGUGGUGGUCGAGGCGGCGGCCAGGAAUGCUACAACUGCGGUGAAGUAGGGCACAUUUCCAGGGAUUGCCCAGACAAGCAACGCCGAGGUGGUGGUGGUGGAGGUGGUGACCGCGAGUGCUACAGCUGUGGCGAGAGCGGACACAUUUCCCGUGACUGUCCUUCAGGUCAGAAGCGUGGAGGUGGUGGUGGCGGCGGCGGUGGACGAAAGUGCUACAACUGCGGGGAGGAAGGUCAUAUGUCCCGUGACUGCCCUAGCGAAAAAGCAUAGACAGCUUCAAAGCCAACAUGAGGCCUCUUUGCCUUGGCAUGUGUUAACCACAGAAAUGUGGAUUAUUUGGUCGGGGUUGUGAAUGGGAAAUUAGUGUAGCAAGCUUCAUUGAUUGGAGUCCUGCUGGACUAGUCUCUUGUUCACUGUUGGACAAUUGGUAGUUGGAUUUGUAAAUCUAAUUAUUGUGUGAUCGGAUAUGCCACAGUUGUAAUUUUGGCAAAAAAUAAGAAUUAAUGUUUUUAUUGUUGAAUAAUUAUUCUAGGAUGUUUGAGAUUUUUGCAUUUGUUAGAAAUUGUAAAAAUGGCGAGAUUUUGUGUUUUAAUUUUAAAGCACUUUUCCCGGUGUUAUGGCUUCAAAAUUUUUUUUAAACUGAUGUAAAUCUCGCCAUUUCUAGGAAAAUCAAAGUUGUAUUUCCUUGAAACAUUUUGCAUGUUCCGUUUAGAUUUUUGUCCGAAAAAGAUGAACUUUGGAAGAAAUAUUCCCUUGAGAGUAGAAAAAUAAAGAUGUUUUGAAAAUUGCACUGGACUUCUGUUUAAAAGAGAUUCCCCUUAAAGUGGUUUGAACAAGAUAAUUUAAUGAAACAAAUUUGUAAAAUUGGAUCCAGAUUCUAAACGGAUGUAUGCUCUGUGUUACAAGGAUAUUUUAUGAUAUUGCUCUCCAAUAUUUUCACGUGCAUUGUAAGCCUAGUAAAUCAAUUUCAAUGGUUUAUGUGAAAUUGGCAAAAAUAUAUACAGGUCUUGAAAGACAAAAAAGGUCAACUAAAAUAAAUCUGUAAAUGGGAGUGAACUUCCACCUGUUAUUAUGAAAUCAGCAGGCACUGCAUGUGAAAGUAUUGGUAAAGCAAGCCCCACUAUCUCCGAAGGUGAUGUUUGAUGGGAAGGUUGAUCAUGGUUACAGGGAGAAUUUGAUUCGAUUUGGGAACUGAGAAGGCUUAGUGUGCAUUGGAAAAAGAUGGUAUGGUUCAAGGGCAGUAAAAGGAUACUGCCAAAGAUUCAAGUACUUUUUAUCUGUGAUCUUAUUGAGGUUGUGUCAUUUUGGAAGGACACAACAUUUUGUAUGGUGGAACUUGGUACAGUGACCUAUAUAAGUAGUAUUGGGUUUCUGUGGUCGCUGUAUAUUAUUAAGUUUAUCAGGGAGACGGUCCAGUGUCAUAAUUCAUUCACUCAAUUCAUCUCUCAUGUCAUUGUGAGUUGUGUACCUAGGGGCUAAUUUCUCGAAUGUUUGAUGUCUGUAAAGAGAUAGAAAACAUUUGGAGAAACUAGCCUUUAGGGGGUCUAGAGAAGGAAAGGGAGGUUUUUACCAUAAAUGUGGAAUUUGUUGUCAAAGUUGUUACAGUCGAGAACCACCGUGGUUUAAAUCUCUUUUCCUUUCUUUGGUAACUUGAGAGACCAAUGGUCUGUAAGGUCUAAAAAGAAAUGCAGAUUAGAGGAAGUGCAUUGCGGCAUUGGGAUGCCAGGACAAUUGGUUAGUUUUAAUUUCAGUAUAUUAUGAAAUGGAUAAUCAUUAAGAUAAUGUGUUGUAAGAGGUUCGGACGUGGACUCCUGAGACUUCUGGCCUGUUUAAAUGUUUCAACUUGGUUACUUUUAACUAGCCAGUGAACAUUCCCUUUGAUUUAAACAUUGAAUGUUGAAACUGUUCAAACACGCCAGUUAAGCCUAUGGAGGUCUGCGGUGUUCUCAAUAUGGCAGCUCACGGGAGUUUAUAAAUGGGGAAUUGUGUAUAUAGACUUUUGUAGGAGUUGGAAAUCAAUGUAGUCAAGUUAACGUCUUUUUGUGUUGCUUAUCAAUUAUGCCUUGCUUCUGCAAACUUAUGGAUUUAAUUGGUCGAAAGUACAAUUCAAACUUUGUAUCAAAUUAUAAUUUUACAUGCAGAUUUGACGAAAUAACGACUUUGCUAAAACUUAUUUUAUGUUAGUGAAUACCAAAUAAAGGAAUGAGUGUUGA